AAUAAUUUCCUUCUAUUUAAUACCAUUAUCCUCAUCUUCUUCUCAGUUCAUCUAAUCCAAAAAUACCAUCUCUUCCUUUUAUUGGAAUCACCGAAAUGGGCGGAGGAGGAGUCAUGAGGGCGGUGGGGAAGGUCGCCGGGGUCGGAAUUGUUAACUCCAGCCUUCGUGGUGGUGUUCAGGGAACUCCGCUGUCUGCUGAGCAAUCCGUUAUGCGUGUCGCCGCCGCUUCCCGUUCUGCUUCUUCCGUGGUUUCUGUUUCUAGUGAAGGAGUUUCGUCUGUUGCCGACACGACUGCGUCGGUCAGUCACAAGUCAUCUUGGGAGAUGGUGGAUGAUUGGGAAUUCGCUGGUGAUUUUGAACAGGAAGCUGCUCUGGAAGGAUCCAUCGCCGCCUCAGGUAGACCCGAACCGAUUGCUCGGGUUUUGUUUAGUGGCGCUCCAAGCCUGGAGGAGGCUAAAGAAGCCACUAAUGAUUUGAAAGAUGCACUGGACAAGGUUUAUCUGUCAUCUCCACAAUACAGUGAAAUGGUUCAGGUGACUGGCGUUUCAUCGCUUUCGAACACUGAGGAGACUAAAGAUUGUGUUGCUUACAACAUUGAAGCCACUUCAGUGCCAAAACCUGCUAUUCAGGCAUUCAAAUUACUCAAUGAGAGCCCUGCUGUUCAGUCUGUUGUUGCUUCCAUUGCUUCUGAUCCGCAUGUAUGGGAUGCUGUCCUGAACAAUUCAGCUUAUAUGGAUUUCAUUAAAUCCCAGCAGACAAAUGAUAAGUUUGAAUUUCCGGGAUCUCCUCGAAGUUCUGUAUCUUCAGUGAAGCUAGAGGAAAAUGAAGAUGGUGGAGAAUCAUUUUCGGCUUUUAUACAGAAAAUCAAGACUAGUGUGGUCGAGAUGGUGAGUAAAACGACUGAUUUCCUCCAUAGUCUCUUUAGUUUACCCUCGGUGGACAAGGCUAAAGAAAAUGCUGGAUCGAACAAUAUGGAUAAGACAAUUGGAGCUAGCUUGAUGGGAUUGGCAGUGAUGGUUAUUAUGGUUGUUCUUGUGAAACGAGUGUAGCCUCUUUUUUAAAGUAAAUUUGCCGAUAUUACAAACUCAAAAACACUUGCUCGUUUGUUUAUUCUUCUGGAUGAUAAUGAUGAUCAAUAUACUUUAAAGUCCA